AGAGAGAUGACUGAAGUAGAGGAUACUAAUUUGUCUGAAGCCUAUCCAAUGAAUGCUGGAGAUGGCCCUAACAGCUAUGCUAACAACUCCACUUUUCAGGAAAGUGUAGUGAAUUCUUCUAAAGAAGUUUUAAGACAGGAAAUUGAAGAAAAGCUUGACGUACACGCAUUCUUGUUAUCAUCCUGCAACACCUUUCGAAUUGCAGAUUUAGGCUGCUCCACUGGGCCUAAUACUUUUUUUGCGGUUGAAACCAUACUUGAAACUGUGCAACUCAAGUACCAAAGCCGAGGGCUGAGUUCUCAUCAAAUCCCCAAAUUUCAAGUUUUCUUCAACGAUCAAACCACAAAUGAUUUUAACAUGCUCUUCAAAUCCCUCCCUCAGAACAGGCAAUACUACGCCGCAGGUGUGCCUGGUUCGUUCUAUGGUAAGAUAUUUCCUAAUGCUUCCAUUCACUUUUUUCACUGUUCUUCUUCAAAUCACUGGCUUUCUAGAGUACCAAAAGAGAUAGUGAACAAAGAGAGUCCAGCUUGGAAUAAAGGAAAAAUCUAUUACUCAAGUUCCACAACUGAAGUGACAAGGGCUUAUGAAACUCAACAUGCUUUGGACAUGGAGUGUUUUCUUAAUGCAAGGGCACAAGAGAUUGUGUAUGGAGGAUUGAUGGUGCUUAUCAUUUCAUGUCGCCCCAAUGGUACCCCUCAUUCUCAUACUCUGGCAAGUGUAAUCUAUGAAACUUUAGGAUCUUGCCUCAUAGACAUGGCCAGAAAGGGAUUGGUUAGUGAAGAGAAAAUAGAUUCAUUUAACAUACCUGUGUAUGUCAUGUCUCCCCAAGAACUGGAAGUUGCCGUAGAAAGAACUGGAUACUUUAGCAUUGAGAGAAUGGAAAUUUUACCAAAUAUGUUUCCAAAUAGCAAUCUCUCUAAUGCCUUAUUAUGUACAUCUCACGUUAGAGCAGUUCAUGAAGAACACAUCAAGCAGCACUUUGGAGAAGAAAUCAUAGAUGAAGUCUUCAACUUAUACCAUAAGAAAGUUGAAGAGCAACCCUCCAAGUUUGAGUUGGGGAAGACUGUUGUUUCCAUUGCCGUGCUUAAACGCAAAGCAAAUUAA